ACUAAGCAAAAGUUAGUUACAAUGUUUAUCAUAUCAGGAGCCGAUAUUUUAUUUUGAUUAAUCUAUACUUUAAUCUACUAUACUCUAGGUAAAAGUACUUCAAUAAUUACGUACGUACUUCAAAAUGUACAUUACCAAAUGAGAUUAUCAUAAUAAAAAUAUAUAAAAACAGUUAAAUUUUUGAUUGAUCUAGAAUAUUAACGAUACAUAAUUGGUAAAUUUACAAUUUUAUGAAUUAUAGGGCAAAAACCAAAAUGUUGCUUGUAUGUUUAUUAUUCAGUGUAGUACUUAAUAUUUCUUUUGUGCUAUCAGCAGAUUUAACUGUAGCAACCACCUAUGGAAAUAUUGAAGGUUACCUAAGAACAAGUCCAAAUCAUGUUACAUUUAGAGCAUUUCAAGGAAUUCCUUACGCGAAACCACCACUGGGCAAUCUACGAUUUCAGGCCCCCGUUCCUCCGGAUAGUUGGUCUAGCGUAAUAGAAACUAAGAAAGAUGGAUCUCGAUGUUAUUCAGUAGCUAAAGAUACACCUGAUGAAGAUGAAAAUUGCUUGUUUAUUAAUGUUUAUACACCGAUUUUAACUAAGAGCAAUGCAACCCUAUUACCAGUCAUGUUCUACUUAUUCGGAGGCGGUUUUCGAGACGGUGCCUCCCAAUAUGGCGUCUAUGGUCCUGAUUACCUUAUCGAACAAGAAGUUGUUAUGGUAUCCCUAAACUAUAGAGUGGGCCCAUUUGGAUUUAUGUCCACUGCAGAUACUGUCAUACCUGGAAAUGCUGGUUUGAAAGAUCAAGUUUUAGGAUUAAAAUGGGUUCAACAAAAUAUUAAGUCUUUUGGUGGGGACCCUGACAAGGUUACAAUUUUUGGACAAAGUGCUGGUGGUGCCUCUGUUGGAUUACAUUUCAUGAGUAAAAGUUCAUCAGGUCUGUUUAGAGGAGGAAUUGCUGAAAGCGGCUCUGGAAUAAGUAACUGGGCAUACAUUGCAGAUCCUAAACCAUAUGGUUACGAAUUAGCUUCCUUAAUAAAUAGCACAAUCAAUCUCGAUACAAGUUCAGCUCUCCUUAGUUUUCUUCAAAGUGUUCCAGCCAAGCAAAUAGAUAUUGCUUCCACAAAAACUACAAAAAUAGACCAUACACUUCCAGUGAUUGAGGUCGAACAUGAGGGAGCAUUUUUAACAAAAAAUAUGUAUCAAGCAUUGAAAAGUGGUGAUUUUAAUCGAGUACCUCUUUUUAUUGGAGCUAAUUCGGAAGAAUACAUAUCUUUAGCAACAGAUAUGGAUUCGUUGAGAAAACGAGCGGCGUCCUAUGAUAGAAGUUUGAAAAACUUAGUGCCACGUACCAUGAAUAUAGUAAACAUGCAGAAGUUAGAUGAACUUGGACACACAAUUAAAGAAAUCUAUAUGAGUGCCAAUGAAACCUUCGAAGAUAAUGUGGGAUUAGCUAUUGCUUACAAUUCAGAAAGCCACUUUUUGAAUCCAUGUGUAAGACACGCUGAAAUCCAAUCACAAUAUACAGAUGUGUAUUUUUAUAAAUUUUCGUAUGCAGGACCAUUAGGAAGAAACACUAAUAUAACUUUACCAGGUGCAGAAAAAGAUACACAUGGAGAAGAACUAUUUUAUAUAUUUAAAAGAGCCUUAAAUGGUUAUGAUAAUAGCGAUUUAAGCAAGUUCCCAAAUAACGAUGUUUUAACUCAUAAAAGAAUGAUAAAGUUAUGGACAAACUUUGCUAAAUAUUUAAAUCCGACUCCAGAAACUGAUCCCUUAUUGCAGAAUAUAGUAUGGCCAAAAUGAAACCAGGUCAGUUAAAUUACGUGAACAUCGACACUGAUCUUUUGAUUGAAAACAACAUCAAGCAUGGCAGAUACAUCAAAUGGAGAGAUUUAUUUGAAGAAAAUGCUAUAGACCCCGUUAUGUUUUAACUUGUAUAAGAUUUAAAGAUUGUUUUGUAGGAAUUAUUAAAUAAAAACAUCUUAAUUUCA